AUGUGGCUAGAUCGACUCGCCGGCCAACAAGCUGGCACUGCAUCUCCCCAACCUAACAGCCGCCCAAUGUCUCCGCUUCCUCGCCGAACAUCAAGCUCCCGUGGACCGUAUUUAACCUCUCAGAGGGCUGGCAACACGCCGAGGGGCUCAUCCCUUUCGUUAGUCUCAAAUGACUCGUCAAGCUCAUUGCUGUCAUCGUCACGCCGAGUGAAUGGCUCAACCUUAAAACAAUCCACCACAGCUCCCGAUGGGCCGGAUCCCGAGGAAGUUCUGGGGGCCCUACUUGGCUCAACACCUGCUGGCUCGAUAUCGGGAGAUAGGACUAAGAGCUCGAUAACACGGCAUGACCUCGACUUCAGCUUCGAUUUUGGCGGCCUGUCAUUGCGCGAGCUAGCACUGGAUGACCGAUCCUCUGACAGCGCAAGUAUAUACAGGACACAAACAAUUGAAGAAUACGAACGCGAGAAGGCCAAAUUCGAGGAGCUUCAUCGGUCGAUCCGAGCCUGUGACGACAUCCUGAGCUCUGUCGAGACGAACCUCACGAGCUUCCGAAACGACCUGGCCGCUGUCUCUGCAGAUAUAGAGACACUGCAAGCCAGAUCUACAACCCUUAACAUAAAGCUAGAAAAUAGGAAGGCUGUAGAGAAGUGCCUUGGCCCGAUUGUCGAAGACCUCAGUAUCUCGCCCGCCGUCGUUUCUAAGAUAGCCGAAGGGCAUAUUGACGAUGUAUGGGUAAAGGCACUAUCUGAGCUAGACAGGAGAGCUGCGGCACAUAAGAAGAACGCAGCCCAAACAGACACCAAAGCACUGGCAGACCUCGGUCCAUUAUUGGAGAAGCUGGUUCUGAAGAAGGCUGUUGAACGAAUCCGUGAUUUCCUCGUCGCUCAGAUCAAGGCACUCCGGUCUCCCCAUAUUAACGCCCAGAUUAUACAACAGCAGAAUUUCCUAAAGUUCAAGGAGCUGUUCUCAUUCCUCCACAAGCACCAUGCUACGCUCGCAGACGAGAUCUGCUUGGCAUAUAUGAACACAAUAAGAUGGUACUAUGCCAACCAAUUCGCCCGCUAUGAGAAGUCGUUGGCAAAGAUCAAGCUUCAUCACAUCGACAAGUCCGACGUGCUAGCCCAUGAGGAUACCUCGAGGAAGACCACCGUCCUGUCUGCCUCUAAGCUCUCCGGCCCCCCACACGAUACUUUCAACCUCGGCCGCCGAAUCGACCUGCUCAAGACGACCAAUCAGGCUGCUAUGUCAUCCUAUCUCGCUGAGGAAGACCAGUCGACGCACUACCUUGAAGUCCCGUUCCGGAACUUCAACCUGGCGCUGAUCGACAACGCCAGCGCCGAGUACACCUUCCUGGUCUCUUUUUUCAGCCCGUCACUCAGCUUCGCGACCAUCAAUCGACACUUCAAUUACAUCUUCGAGCCGACUUUCGCGCUCGGCCAGAACUUGAGCAGGUCGCUCGUCGCCGAGACGUACGACGGGCUGGGCCUGCUCCUGUGCGUACGCCUCAACCAACACCUGGCCUUCGAGCUGCAGCGGCGCCGGAUCCCCGCCGUCGAUGGCUACGUCAACGGCACGGCGAUGCUGCUGUGGCCGCGGCUGCAGUCGGUCAUGGACGCGCACUGCGAGAGUGUGCGCGCGCUCACGUCGUCCCUCCCCGCCAAGCCCGCCUCCGCGGCCGCGGCCCGCGGCGCCUCGGCCGCGCCCCACGUUGUCACCCAGCGGUUCGGCCAGCUGUUGCACGGCAUCCUGGCCCUGAGCGCCGAGGCCGGCGACGACGAGCCCGUGGUCACGAGCCUGCGGAGGCUGCGCGGCGAGGUCGAGGCGUUCCUUGCCAGGCAGGGCCAGGCGAGCUUCGGCGCGGACGCGAGGAAAAGGGACAGGUUUCUGUAUAACAACUACAGCCUUGUCCUGACCAUCAUUGGCGAUGUGAGCGGCAAGCUGGCAGCCGAGCAGCAAGAACACUUUGAGGGGUUGAAGGCGUCAUUUCAGGAGUCCGCUUGAGGGAAAUAGAGGUUGAGAGAAGAGUAGGAAUAGAUCCGCCCUUUUCUUCAUGGAAUGGGCCAGAAUUUUGCUCGCGAGCGUCUAUUUGUUUGAGGUGGAGUGCAUAGCUCUUAACGCCAAACAUAAACAACGUCUAUAGACUUGCAACGGAAUGUGUGC